AUGGCGACUCACGAGGCUCCUACCGGAGGUAUACCGGGCGACAAGCCAACGAGCACACUCCUCAAUGGUGCGAUUGUGGAUGAAAUCUCUGUGGAUGAUCAUGACCAGCGCAUGAAUGACCGCGCGCUUCUCUCACCCGACGAAGAGAAGAAGCUGUUGCGCCGCGUCGACUUCCGCUUGAUGAUCUUAUGCGCCAUCAUCUUCAUGAUCAAAAAUGUCGAUGCGAACAACGCCGCAAAUGCCAGAAUCAUGAACAAAGGCACCGACCGGAACAUCAUGACGCAGCUGAAAAUGACUGCCGAUGACUACAACUGGGUCAGCACGAUUUACAAUAUUCCGUUCAUCAUUUUUGAGAUUCCGACCAACAUGAUCGUUAAAAAGAUGCUCCCUUCACGAUUCCAGUCGCGUAUCAUGGUAACUUGGGGUAUUGUUCUGGCCUGCCACGCUGCCGUCACAACUAGUGGUGGCCUCCUCACCGCCCGUUUCUUCCUUGGUCUUGCCGAAUCUGGCAUGUUUCCAGGCAUUAUUCUGCAGAUGAGCUACUGGUACCGCGCCGAUGAGAUGACUCCCCGGCUUUUGAUAUUCUACUCAUUCGAAUUCUUUGCCAACAUUGUCAGUGCUGUUCUGGCCUUUGGGUUCAGUAGCAUGAACGGGCGACAUGGCUUGUCUGGCUGGCAAUGGUUCUUCUUGGUUGAGGGUGUGAUCACGAUUGGCUUUGGCGUUUUACUCUUCUUCAUCUUCCCUGAUUUUCCCGCGCAGGCCAAAUGGCUGACCGACAAGGAGAAGCGAUUCCUCCAAGCUCGCCUACCACCAAACGCCCCUCGGUCGUCCGAGAGCAAUUUCAAGUGGAGCGAGAUCUGGGAUACCAUGAAGGACCAGCGCCUCUGGUGGUUCGCGUUCAUCUGGGCCACCAAGACGAUUGGCAGCACAGGUCUUUCGUUCUACUUGCCUACCAUCGUCGCCAGUCUGGGACUUGCUUCCAUCGCCGAAAGCCAACUGCUCACCAUUCCAUCCUCGGUUCUAGCUAUCAUCCUCAUUGCUAUCAGCGGUUACUUGACGAAUUCGUUGAAUUUGCCGUACCCCCUUGUGGCACUGGCGUAUUUGAUCUCCAAUUUAGCUUGCUAUGGCGUGAUGGUCGCAUACCCGAACAACGGAGGCGUGUAUGCUGCGACGCUGAUUGCUGCGGGUGUCUCGCUGGCCUGGUUCGCAACCAUGUGGCCAUGGCGUCUCCAGACGACGUUUAGGGCGACGGGUUCCGCCUUUGCCAUUGCAUGGGUGAACGCCCUCGGCGGUAUUGGAACUGUUGUUGGGCCCCAGAUCUUUCGCUCCAAGUAUGCACCCGAGUACACAGUGUCGUUCGCGGUGGCCAUGGGUAUGACGGGGGCGUGUAUCCUUGCCAUCUGCUGGACUUGGUGGCUUACAAGGGAGACGGAGAGACAAACCCGCCAGCUAAGGAAGAGACGUCUCGCCGCCCGCAAGACGAACGAGGUCAUCCUGGAUGACGUUGACAUCGACGCUGAUUUCAAGACAACGAGGGCACACGCCUAG